GGCGGUCAGCACCGCUCGCAUCGCAUUGCCGCGCCUUCCCUUCCCUUCCCUUCCCAUUCCCACCCGCCUCCUACUUCACACGCACGGAAGGCAGAGCGCGAGAGGCAACCACCCCCCCUCCGUUGCUUCAGUUCAUCCGCUCCCUCCGUCCCAUUCCUAUUCCGAGCGGACGCCAACAGAGACAUAUUUAGCUAGCCCCGCUGUGGAGAGCCUGAUUUGGGAGACCGGAGCAGAUCUUUGAGAGGACAGCAUGCCGACGGGAACCAUGAGGAGGAUGUUCGUCGAGUCCUCGUCGUCGUCGUCGUCGUCGUCGUCGUCGUCCGGGAGCGGCAGGGAGGCGGAGCCGGCGGCGGUGCUGUGCGCGCCGAGGCCACGCAGGGUCCACGCCCAGCCAUGCACCGCCGACCUCAUCCUCGGCCCCCCGCCCUUCCUGCUCAACGCCUCCUCCGCCAGCAGCAGAAAGCAGAGAGAAGGGAAGAGCAAAACGCGGGAGGAGGACGAGGAAGGGGAAGAGUCCGAGGAGGAGGAGGCUGGCUGGGCGCUGUUCGGUGGGUCGCCGCCGGCGCGCGCCGACAACCCGCUCGCCCACGACCCCCACUUCCUGCUCAACCAGAGCCACCACGCCGCCGCCGCCGCGUCGGACUUCAACCUCGCGGCGGUUUUUGAACACCACAGCCGCACCCACCACCGCCACCACCGCGUCCCAACCACAUAUAGCAAUAGCAAUAGCAGCAGCCACAGUUUUGCCCCGUCGUACACGCACGCCGCGCCGGCGGUGAGGAUCCAGGGGUUCGACGUCGCCGCCUGCCGGGGCUCCCACGGCAGCAACGGCGGAGGCCGCGUGCUCUCCGCCCGCGCCUGACCCGCAAGGGAGAAGCAGAGCCACCGUCGUCCUCCUCAAACCUUGUACAGUUUUCCGCCGGCCGCGUAUGUACGUACGUCCGUGUAGUGUACCAGUAUAUUACCAUGUGCUACGUGUGUUCCUUGUGGUAUAUACAUACAUACAUACGGGUUUACAUGAAGAAUUAACAUGAGAUGGGUAGCGAGGGUCUAAAGACUAAGUUUAAUUAAGAGUAGAGGAAGAAGAAUGAUCAUCAUCUCUGAGCAUACAAGAAGAGAGGAUUUCUAUUUUUACCCUUUUUUUUUCCGAGUUAGUUUUGUCUGAGUCAGGAAGUGUUGUGUAGAUAUCAUGAGUGUUAAUCUUGUUCUAAGAAGGGUUGGUCUUCUCCUGGAGGAUGAAGAUGAAGAUGGCCUGGGCAGUUUUGCCGGGCCAUCGUGGUCGUCUUCAUCACCGCACCGCCAUGUAACCAUGGCUGUACUUGUAAAAAAGAGGAAGGAAGGAAGAUGAAAGUGUGUACAUAAAGAUGUUAUGGAGCUGUUUGUGUAAUCGAAUUGCAUCAAGUUCAUUCAGUAA